GUGGUGGUGAGCGGCGCGGAGAGAGCGGGUGAGUGAGGAGGCAGCGUUUCAGUGAUGUUUCGUGUACUCGUGCGACGAGCACUUCAGUGCUCUUCUAGAGCCUUCCCAACGCUACAAAAUGCAACGCGAUUGCAGCCGAUCGCCAGCAACUUUUCAACUCUACUCAAACCUUUCACCUGCACGGUGAAUUCACCACUGCUAUCGAAUCCGCGAGUGCAGGAGAUCGGCAACAAUGCGCAGAGGUCGUUGACCAAAUACACGCUGAGCAAAGGGAGGAGGAGGACUUGCAAAGCGGUGCUGAAGAGGUUCUACCGUCUGGAUUGGGGCGGCUGGAUACACACCAAGUGCGGCAGGAACAAGAAAAUUUGGCAGAAACACCCGGCGAGGAUGCGCAGACUGAGGCAGCACGUCUUCUGCAACGGCAACCAGAACACGCUGCUCGACAAGAUGGUCUGCAACUUCUGGAGGAAACCAAAGUACUACGUGGAGGAUCCGUACGAACCCUAUCAUAACCGAGAGGAAUUCAAGUACACAUCCGCGAAACCGAAACCUUACUUCCCUCCGCAGGGCGUGUAAAUUUGUAUUGCAAUUCGUUAAUUAGUUGUUAAAUAAAUAAAAAAAUAAAAUUUU